CUUGUAGUAGAUCUCGGCUCGUCACUUUUGCAGGUGGACGUAAAGCAUCAGUGACAUAGUCAGCCUGCAGUGCAAUGGGAAUGACAUUAUGUCUUUCUACAGAUGAAGUUGGGACUGUUGGGGGGCUGGCGAAUUCUUUAGAGCACUUUUACAGGUUCCAAGCUGCACCUUAGCAAGCUCCUAUAUCGGUCCAGAGCUCCACGCUCCUCAAGGAGCUUACCAUUGUCACGAAGGGGGCUAGAGUUAUCGUGGUCCUCGUCAAAUGAUGGCAGACUCAAAUCGCCUUCUGGGAACCUCUGAUGCAGUCUCAAGCUCCGCCCCAAUGAAACGUUCUUUUCCAGAGGUCAAAUGGCCGCUCGAGAGGUUCUAAUGAAAAUAGAGGUGGCGUUCUUAGCCCACGAACCAAGCACAGUAAGUGGGCGGUUUGCUUCUGCAUCCCACCAAACUGGAUCUCCUUUCCAAAUGUCGGAAUAAAGAGGGCACAAUCACCGAGAUAUUUUAGGACCUGCUCCUUCAAGAGCUCCAGACCUCUCGGAACACUCCUUCUGCAGGAAGUUCGGAGUUGCAAUUUAAGUAUUUCGAAGUUUGAAAACCCUUGCACCUAUUUCUUCUCCUGCGGCCGUGCCAAUUCUAGCCUAGAGUCGCGGGCAACGACCGAGCUGACAGAUCCACUGAAGCAUCUUCGCACCAAAGAAAGUGCAAUCGUAGGAAUUCGGAGAAAAGCCCACGGGCAGACAAGCCUCAGGAGCGGCAGCAGCCUGUGCACAAAACUCACGCGAGCUCAACACUUGCUGCUCAACACCACCACCACCGAGCCGACCGAAGCAAGAUGAACCGGGUGCGGCUCGUUUUGGUUUGUGGCACUGCAUAGCCAUAGCACGGACUCGACAUUUCAAGGAUCACGCGAGUGGUAGAUUAUGAACAUCAUCACGCAUCAUCCAUCCAACGAUGAAGAAGCAGCAGCAGAAACCGUUCUCAUCUCGCACGUCCGUCCGAGGGGGAGGGGAGGGGAGGGGAGGGGAGGAAGAAGCUCGGGGCCGCUCUAUCACGCAAAUAGCGUUUGUCAGAAACGUCGAAUAACUCCUCCUAUUUAGGCUCGUGAGAGGAACGGAGGACGAGGACGAGGCUGGCCUGCCUGCCUACAGACAGACAGUCAAACAAGACCACUCCAGUCUCUAGAGCGUCGAGCCUAGACACUGCUCUACCAAAGACAGAGCCCACCGAGGAACCCAAACCUUGCAUCCCAACUCGGUCCAUUCGCUCACUUCCAGUAGUAGCUCUGGUGAGCAGCAGCAGCAGCAUCUGCAACAAGACGAGACGAGACCAUGCUCUGGAAUUCGCACCAGAAGGAGGAAGAGGAGAACGACGUUCUUAGUUGAGGGCAAGGCCAGGCCAGCCAGGGACAUGGCCUUUUAGCUACAGUCGUGGAGUUUAGUCGGGGAGGUUCCCUGCUGGGACACGCAUCCGAGCAUCAUCAGCAUCAGUUGCAACAGCAGCAGCAGCAGCUGCUGUUUCUGCAGCAGAAGACGAAGUAGCAGGACCAGUGUCGUAGUGGGAGUAAAGGGCGGUGCUAGUGUAGUCGUAGUUGUAGCUCGUCAUUCGGUGGUGCCUGCGGGAGGAAGGGAGGGAGGGAGAGAGAGACGGGGGAUUCGAUUUCGUGUGGUGCUGGCCCUAGACGGACAGAGAGGGGAGGGGGCGAGGCGAAAAUGAGAGAGCAGAAGUCGUUGCCAGAGCAAGAGCGAGAGCAUGAGCAGGAGCGGGAGCAGUCAGUCGUAGCGGGGCUCGGGCAAAACCUCAAGGCACCGACGGCAGAGAAGGAGGAAGGCGAGAAGCUGCUGCUGCUCAAGGAUGAAGGUUUGGAAGCCAUUCGGACGAUGUUCGAGUGCGAGUCAAACGAGGAGCUCGAGGGCAGCCACCAGUGGUGCGUGGCGAUGGCAUUGAACAAGGUAGGUCUGCUGACGGUGCUACGGGCGGCGUGGAAAUGGCAGGAGCCGGGACUGUGUAUGGAAUUUGUGCGCAAUUGGAAUCACCAGACCAGAGCGACGAGAGUGGGUGAUCUGGAAAUCAAUGUCAGCUUGGAGAAUUUUGCACUGGCCACAGGUUUACAGGCCGAAGGUGGGGCGGGAUUACUGGGUUUGAAUGCGCACUGCCGCGCGCAGCGUCCGAUGGAUCACGAGAACUUGGUCAAGCACUUUGAGCACGCUCCCGCUGUGAAGCCGCAAAAUGGCUACAUGCUCGAUAAGUGUAGGGAUCCGGUCCUCCGGGACAUCGUGAUCCUGCUGAACAUGACCUUCUGGAUGAAACUCAUUCGGCAAUCCCGAUGCUCGGGCGAGCUUCUGUACCUCGUCGUCCAGGCCAUGGAAGGACUGGAAGUCAACUGGAGCCGAGUUUUCUACGAGAAGUUCGUGUGCGAAGUCAUGCGCCUUCAGGACGUUCUCUCGAAUAAACACAUUGUGUCGCACCAGCAGCUCAUCACCGUGGCAGGCCCGCUCAUGUGCUUCCUCUACGACUGCGCCAAAGUCAACCGCACCCUUGCUGCGCAUGCCACAGAUGCUCGACAUUUCGCCCAACCGCAGCAGCAAGUCCAGCCAGAAGAGCAAUUACCCGAAGCAUCAGAGGUUCAACAAUCCGAAGCCCAAGCCGAAGCUCAAGCGCAAGCAGAGCACAACAGCAUAGACGAAAAAUAUCUCUCGUGUACAAAGCGCUCUUACGAGGAUUGCGUACUCCAGCAAGACAGCACCGUGACCAGCAAUGGGACCUCUGUGCCGCUGGCUGAAAUGCCCACCAAGGUGCAGAAGGUGGAAUCCACGAGGGCAUCGUCGACUUCCAUGGAGCUCGUCUAUGCCAGCGAGCAGAGCAGAGCAGGGGAGGAGGGCAGUGCAGGGCAGAGAGAGGAAGAGGGAGAGGCAGCGUAGAGAGUCGGGAUAGGAACCGAACCUACUGCUAGAUUGGGGAGCCAGUAGAAUUGAUGGUCCCCCGAACAGAGUAAUGUCUUAGUCCUAGGAGUAGAUAGAUUGGUAGGCAUAAUUUACAUCGAUACCCAAUGUCAACGAUGAUGCGAUGCGCUCGUGCCAUACAUGGGACCUCAGCCGGCUUUGACCGUGUAAAGAUUAACGAUACCAUGAGUCGAUUUCACUUCCAGUGAGUGAACAAUCGUUCCGUUUCCAUGGCUGGGGGUUACUUGUCUUGUCUUGUCUUUCCAGUCCUUGUCUGCUGCUGCAGCAUCUGCUCUAAAUCCGUUCCGCAGUCCAAAUCUGCUCUCGUCUCCGUGGAUUGCAAUUUCUGAUGAGGAGUGCGGGAAGGUUCCUCACCCCCAUCCAUCCAUCCAUCCUUCCUUCGUUCCUUCGCCCUUAGGGUCCUCUGUUUGUACCAAUUUUUUUCUUCCAUCGAAGCAAGGAUGAUUCAGCCUUCGACGCUCUCCUCCGAGGAAAACCGGAUGUAGAUGGAGGAGAGAGAAAGAUGAGUUUGUACAAGUACAGAGACAGGUCAGUGUCAUCCGUUUACUUAUGCGAGAUAAGUCUUAUGAGUGUGCUCCGUCGGAUUUUAGCCACGGUCAAGUUCAUCAAAUAGGUUUCGAGACAAGACCCGGGUUGUUUCCGGUUCCAGGUUUCUCUUUCCCACGUUGAAGUGGAAAAGGGAGAGGAGAGAAGAGAUUGGAAUUCAUGAAUUUAUUCGACGAGGUGUGAAUGCGAGUAGUGUACACCAAUCGCGCACGGGAAUUAGGCCAAGCCGAAAACAGAUCAGAAAGGAUGGUGCCGAGCAUCGACUUCGUCAUGGAACACGUGUGUCGCUUCUCCUUCUGCUGAACCAUAUGAAAGAGCCGUUGCUCUGCUCGGUGCCGUACCCCCCUCCUCGAGUGGGUUUCCUCAUGUGCAGUAUCCAAUCACUGUGCCCUUGAACACUCAUGCAACUGCUCGAACCAUUUCACCCCUCUCUGUCUCUGUCUCUCUUUCUCUCUGUCCCUGGUCAAGUGUCAUCUUCUCUGCUCACGGAUCAGGUUGUAGAGCACAGUCCAGCUUCCGUGUCACUGAACCAGACAGCCUGGAGAUAGCACCAACGGAUUUGAUUCUGCACUCGUAUGGAUGUGCCAACAUGUCUCACUUGCCAUGUUAACAAGAGCGAAUAGCUCCGUGGAUCUCAUGCGGUACUUAUUAUUAAGGUCUGUAAACACAUCAGCUGCAUUAUGUUGAUUUACACUGGCACAUCGAAUCGAUGCUCGAUUGCACAUCGAACGAAGGAACUGCAUCUGACAUCGAAAAUUCUUUCCUGUCCCCGGACGGACGAGAGAUCUGGAGAGUUGCAGGCAGAGAGAGGAGAGAGCUGGGACUCGGAACGGCCCCGUCCUGUAAUUGCCACGGUGAUGGAACGGGGCCGCUCACACGUCACACCCACUCCCACGAGAAGACCGGAGCAGUAACGUGGACUUUGAAGACGACGACGACGACGACCGCGGCCUUGAGGGACGAGGACGACAUCGUACUGACUGCCCUGCACUGGAAUGUACUGCACUGUACUUUGCUGUGAAUCAUCCGCAGUAGCUCGACCGCUCACGGUUCACUCUCCUCCGAGUUCCAUCAAAACGAAGCGAAUCUUUCUCUUCAAAAGCUGUCCUUUCCUGCUCCUUCCGCUCAAGAACAUUCCGAUUUUCAAAUCUGGUCAUCCUUUUGCCAAACCUGCAAAAGUCAUGAUUUCACGGGAUCAGGUUUCAUGACAAGCUCGGAUCAUUGUUCGUGCUAGCUUUUUGCUGGACGAUCCGGGCAAGUGGCCCGACGACAGCAGCAGCUGCCAUGGACCGGCAGCACGCGCUGUACUGGAUCGACUGUGGCGGGAGAUUUCCUCCCCACGUCCAUUAUUGCAACCCCCCGUCCCGAAGGUCGGGAGGGAGGGAGGGAGGCGCAGGGGGAGGGGCGUACCAUACGUCUCGCCUUGUACGCCACGGUCUUGUCACCUUCUCGCCCUUUCCGUCACGGCGUCUGUCAGCGAUCGUGGUACUGAAACCAAACCGCUCGACGUGCGAGUAGGAAAGGUGAGAAGUUGAGUUUAUGAAAUGUCUGCAAUACUGGAUAUCAAACGGAACAGAGUUGCAUCACUCGUACAUUAAUCGCGGUAGCCGGAAAGGAGCAGAGGUCUGGAAGUCGAUUUGGUUUAAUUGGAAACAAAAGAAUAAGGGAGCGGCUACUUAUUCUCACCCUAUUAUAGGGCUGGGUGUGUUGUGCUCGCGAGUAAUUUCAUGGAUAAAUUGUUUGGUUGGAU